AUGUCCGACUUCGCCCUCCGCAAGGCAGUCGCUCUCGAUACCAUAGCUCGCUCUCCUGCACUCAUUCGGGAGCACGAGCAAGAUGCCGCCACAGCACAUUCGUCCUUCAUUUCUCAGCAGCUGCCUCCACUCGAUGCGCGCUUGUGCCCUGGACACCCUCCGAGCAGAGUAGACGUCGUAAAUUCCGACUCGUAUGCUGCUGCUCGAAAGCUCGGCACUGAUGCAAAGGGCAAAAUAGCUGUUCUGAACUUGGCGAGUGAUGAAUAUCGCGCAGGAGGAUGGGCGACGACCCUUGGUCGGACUCAGGAAGAGGCACUCUGCUAUUCAUCUACGCUCUACCACACUCUGUGUGAUUCAUACUAUCCCUGGCCUAAUGUGGGCCCGGGCGCUGUGGCUGGCGUAUACUCUCCGGGUGUUGUUGUCCAUAGGGACGACCUUGACCAUGAUCUCGUUGAGUUUCCUUACGAAUCAGGGAAACGUAUAGUUGCUGCAAUAUUGACGGUAGCAGCACCAUGCUAUCCUCAGCUCACGAAAGACGGCCAGUGCUUUAAGGACCCUAGUGUGCUAGAGGAUCUGAGAGGCAAGAUCCGACUGGUGUAUAGGAUGGCGGCGUCUAACAGGAAGGAAUACAUAGUGCUUGGUGCCAUGGGCUGUGGGGCAUACAACUGUCCGCCGGUUCUUGUGGCAAAAGAGAUGAGGAGCAUUCUUUUAGAGGAUGAAUUCAAAGGGUGGUACAAGAAAGUGACAUUUGCAGUUUACAGCAAAGGACGAGGAAAUUAUGAUAUAUUCAAGGAGGUAUUCUUAGAUGUGGUGGUAUAGCUCGAAUGGUAUUCCGUUCUCGUACUUCGACGAUUCGACUUGGCAUCUUGAUUUUUAGCUACCAUUUUGCCUUCCGCGCAGAUAUCCAGCCUUGAUAUCAAAGAAAUCUGGCCUGGGCCUCAUCUUCGGAAGUUCUUUGGUUGAACAGUUUUUUUGAAGAAUACGCAAAGCAAAACUGAGAUAAUUGCAGUGAUGGC